AUGGCCGCCUCUUCCCUCAGCGCAGCCUCCCAUCCCUCCGAGAUCCUGCCAACGCUGAAUUCGAUGUCCUUGAUACUCAAUCCUUAUCCCUUCAUCUUGCACGCGAUCGAGGAGCAGAAGCUCCAAUUCGCGUACCGGAACCUCCUGAGCUUCGAUCUUGCCCUGAUCGUCGUCCACCUCGUCCUGCUCGUCCAGGCGACAAUCACCCUGGCAUUGAAGCUGUUCUUCUUGCUCAAGAACGGCCAGCGCAGCCAGAUCUGGCUCUGCCGGACACACUACCUCGUCGACCAGGCCGUCCCCUACCUGGUGCCCAACGGGAACUUCGUCAUCGAGCCCUUGCAAAUCACCGGAUGCAUCUUCUUUGAGUUCUUUAGCAUCAUCGUCUACUUGGUCAUCAAGAACCCCAACCUAGGAAUGUCGAUCCCCGGGCUCCACGCAAGCUGCUUGUUUUGGUUCGCUGCUUCCUUCGUACCCGGUUUCAUCGGCUUCUGGCUGAGUGGAUGGAGCGCUUUCUAUGUUCUAUUUCUCUCACCAGUCCAUAGUACUGGAUCGAGCGGGGGACGCAAGAGAAUACUCUAUCACCCGGUCUUCAUGAAUGCCAUGUGCUGGGGAGUUCCCGUCUUGAUCAGCUGUUUUUUCACUGUUAUCGGCAUCGUCAUGACUGUCAAGCACAAAAGAGUGCGGGAUGCCUACGAGGUUUUGUUUACACGACUGCAUCAACUCGCGGAGGAUUGGAAACCGAACAAUCCCCAGACCCUUAAUGACAACCAACACCUCGUUAACAUCAUGGAAUUCCUCUUGGCUGAGGGCUCUCGGAUCUUUGACCUGCUUCAACUCAUGGCCAUCGGUUGGGCAACCACCGCAGUAGUCAUCAUUACUUUUUAUAUAGCAACCAUGAUUACCAUUGGGAAAGUGACCCAGCGUACGAUGUCAAUCGCCAAUGGCAGGAGCACUCUCUUUCAGCACAGCUCUAAAAACCUGCUCUCUAAGCCGAAAAAUUUGAUAUCCGAGAGCCAUGAUGACCUCAAUUCGAAAGCCGAAACUGAUUACUCCCUGGUUACACUAUCAACGAAGCCCGCGUUUAGGAACAGUGUUUCUGCAAACAGCAUCCAACGCAAUCUGUUCUUCAUACGCACAAGUUGUGGACUUAUGGUCAUAGCGCUGGGCUUUAACAUCUGCACCAGCUUGAUUUUCGUUGCCAAGAUCCGAGCACUUUUGAUCCAGUCAGUCCAAAUUCAAUCUACCAAAGGGUAG